GCCAUGAAGCUAAUAAUAACUCAAACGCUGUCAUGGCGGUGCUGCCCUUCGUCUGUCUGCUGUUUUUUACAGGUUUUACUUUUUCUGCGGCAGGCAACUGUGAAGUGUGUGUGGACUUUCUUUCCAGACUGUAUGGCAGUCUGACGUCGGCCCACAGAGAACUCACUCCUCCCCUGGUGGAGGAAGAGCUGAUCCAGGCCUGCACUGUCGCCCAGGGCAAGGAGGCGAGGCUGUGUUACUAUCUAGGAGCCACUAUUGAUGCAGCAACCCGUGUCACAGCAUCGGUGUCUCGACCUCUGGCCUCUCACGUCCCCGUUGAGAAGAUCUGCCAGCGCCUCAGCAGCACAGACAUGCAGAUCUGUGAGCUCAGAUAUGACCCUCAAGUGAAGGAUCUGAGCAGCGACGGGCUGAAAAUAAUGAAAGUCUUGGAGCUGAGGAACAUUUUAGCUUCGUGGGGAGAAGAGUGUCGAGGCUGUCUGGAGAAACACGAGUUUGUCAGCCUCAUCCAGGAGAAAGCACUGCUGCAUGCUCACAGUACGGAAUGAAUAUCAUUUGUUUCUUCUGCUCCUUUCCAAAAUAUCAGAAAAAUCUAAUUUAAGUGCAUGAUUUACUAAUUUGUGCUACCAAAUGACUUCAUUUGUAUGUUAACAAUAAUAGAGGAGGCAUACAUCUUUUUGUGCUGAUAUGUACCUGAGUAAUAGCAGCCACAGCAAUAGCAGCAUGGUAGAUAGAGUUUCAUAAAAUACUGCCCAUCAGAUGUUCCCAAAAACGUUUCAAGUGUCAUACAAAAUGCAGUAUAUGAAAAGAAGCUAUCUGACGAAAAGUUCAAUUGAAUAUCUAAACAGGAGGUUCACGUUCAUACGUUUAUGUAAAUGGGUGGUAAAAAAUGCUCUAAUUGUUUCUUUUGACAACAAUCACUUGCAUACAUUAAAAUGUGUUUUGUUACACUGUUUAUUUCACGUCCCAUCACAUUGACUUAUUAAUUUCUCAAAUUCCUAAUGCAACAUUUUCCUCACUUCUAUUGCAAUGAUAGCUGAUUAGGUCUAUGUUUUUCCAUAAGAUUUCAAACUUAUUCAAUGACAAAAAAAACAUAAUAAAUUAUUAU